GCAUUGUCAGUAAAGCAAUUGUAAACGAACCAGUUUUUCUCACGGUAUUGCUAUUCUGUGUAAAGGGAGGAAUCUCUAAUCACUUGAUGCAUCCAGUGUGCUGGGACCAUGUGUGGGAGUCUCUGAGUAGGUGUGAUCUGAGGUUCGACUGACAGCAGAUACACCCACUGUUGUGCUGGCAUUAUACACCGCCUCUUCCAGAAAGGAAGUUGCCCCACCCUUCUGCAGAGGCUUCCAAGCUCGGAACGUUGUGUAGUCUGUGCUCUCUUAGCCUAAAGUCUCCAGGUAAGCGAGGGGCCUCCCAUUUAUACAAACAAAAAUAAUGUUAAUACUAUAUAAACAUUGCUGUGUGCAUCCUAGAAGGGUCAGCGACCAUAGGUGGGUUAACAGGGAAAGUUAAAAUUAAUCUCCCCGUCCCCUUCUGCUUCCAGAUCUUUCUUCUUCUUGGUAUGCACCUCGGGAAAUCAACACAUAGGUCCAUGUUUGUCUUAAAUGGCUGGCCAAGUAGAUACUAGCUAUUGGAACUUCAACUCCCAUGAUGCUUUGCCAGCUUAAAGCUAGUAAGACAUCAUUAGACUUGUAGUUUUUUUUUUUCUCUCCAAAAAAUUAGAAUCUUUCAUUUGGCCACACCUGCCUUCUAUAGAAUGACACAUACCUUUCCUCACAGCCACUUUGUGGCAGAGUGAUAGGAAAGUGUGUUCUUAAGAGAAAUUAGUUAAGCUUGCAGUAUAACUUGAUUGGACAGUUUUUAUGUAUAGGCACGUUGUAGCCUAGAUGUUGCCGUUAGGAUUUCAGUUUGCUACAAUUCAGAUAUGGAAAAACACAUGUAUCUUACAAACAUCCUUAUGUAAUGUGUUGAAGUAUAUGUAUAAAAGUCCGUUUGGUGGAUGUUGUGCACUGCAUGUGUAAAUUGUGUACACUGCUAUGUGUAUAGGCAAUAUGUCUGUGUGAGUGUGUGUGUGUGUGUGUUUGUGCUUUAUAUAUACAUAUAUAUGUGCUUGUGUUUUGUACACAUUAUUUUCUGCAAUACAGUUUUUUAAUUGUAAGUGAAUCCACGUGUCUCAGAAUAUGUAGGUUUUACAUGUAAAACAACCUUUUUAUUUGAAUUAGAGAAAUACUCCAAGAACCAUAACAGCUCUAGAACAUGGUAGUCAAUAUGUAACUAGGAGUGCCUUGGAGUCUCCCCAAUGUAAGUAGUCAGUCAAUUUGCUAACAGAUUGAUUGCUUACCUGUGAGGUUUUACUCUCUGGUGCAGGAAGUGGGAGCAGCAGGCUCAGAAUUGGAGCUACCAUUAACUCUCCUGACAUCAUUAGCUGAGAGCAUAAGCUCAUCACUCUUAGUCAAUAAGUUAAAGGAAAACUCCAGUGCCAUGAAAACAAUCAGUUUUCCUGACACUGCAGAUACCCUCUCACUCCCACCUCCCUUCAGGUCACUUACCUUAGACCUUACCUUACCUCAGGUCGGUGUCGCUCCUCCCAGUAAUCACGUCAUCCGGUGGGUGAGACUGAUCCCGCCGCCGGCUGAGAAAACCUAAUGCGCACGCGCAUUAGGUCUCCCCAUAGGAAAGCAUUGAAAAAGAUUUUCAAUGCUUUCCUAUGGGGAAUUGAGCGACGCUGGAGGUCCUCACACAGCGUAAGGACGUCCAGUGACACUCUAAAGAAAAUCUUUUCUAUGAAUCAGGAAGUGCCCUCUAGUUGCUGUCUAGUAGACAGCCACUAGAGGUGGUGUCAACCCUGCAAUGUAAUUAUUGCAGUUUAUAAAAAAAACUGCAAUAAUUACAGUUGCAGGGUUAAGAGUAGUGGGAGUUGGCACCAAGACUACUCCAAUGGGCAGAAGUGGCCUGGGUGCCUGGAGUGUCUCUUUAAGCCUGCCCUGCUGUUAGGCUAGUGAAGCAAUCUUCUGGAAACCAGGUAAGAAGUCAAACCGUUGGAAAACUGAUUACUUACAUUGGAGGGGGACUUGGGAGUGUUCCCUUAAUGCAAGUUAACGUGUUGAUUGUAAAGGCAUAAACUUCUUGGAUUUUCUGGAUUUAUGUGUAAUCUUUCAUGGUGGGAUGGAAGAGUGUCUCUAACGUUUUUACUUCUGUUGCCCUCAUUCACCCCAAUGGGAAUAGUGGUAUCAGUUGCAUGAAUGUGAUUAGAGCAUUGUACCACCUGAGAACAUUUUAUAAUUGGCUUCUAAGGUAGCCCUUAUGGAUAAAGAGUAUUUUCAGUCAUUUUGAGAUUUAAUAAACAUGUUAAGUUCUUCAUACCACUCUUUCUCAAAAGGGAGGAAUAGAUGUAACGUGGUGAAAUUUAGAUAAUAAAAUGGGAUUAUUUGGUUGACAGGAGAGGGUCUUGACAUUGGUAAGAGGUUUGUGAACAGCUGGGUUGUUCGUUAUGCAAUUCUGUCAUUGUUUUGCACACUUAACCAGAUCAUUAGAGAACGGUGCAUCCUCAGAGGUGAACUCUAUUUAUGGUCUGGGAUUACUAUCUAUAUAAACAUUUCUGAAGGGCUUGAAGUGUCCUUGACUGUAGAUGUGAAAGGUUGGAGGGAUAUUACUUUUUGCAAUUGGUGAUGUGAGGGGGGAUUUGAUGGGCUUUUGUAUUAGAUUACAUUGCAGGGUUUAAAUGCCUGUAGUAACUGUCACCCGAACAAUAAAGCAGCCCAGUAAAACACUCCAUCCACCAGGAGAUCAUCCAAACUGAUGAUCUUAUGGCCAGUCAGUUGCCUCUCAGAUAAGUACUAAGAGGUAGGAUUCAUGUGUUGCAGUUGCUGCACUGUUCUGGCUCUGCUUCUCAUAGAGAAGCGUUAGUUUCUGCUCUGUCCUACAUCACAAAGUGAUCUGAAAGCGUUGCACCUUUGUAAAAGGUGCAAUUUUCUCUUGAUGGCUCUCUUAUAAAAGCGUGAAGAGGGGACCCCGUUAAUACCUUAAAGUACUUUAGGAGUUUGGUGCAGGGUUGUGGAAUUGUUAGUCAAAACUUUCAACUCCUAAAUUUAUGGUACUUGUAACGGACCGUUUUACACAUAAGAGGUUAAAAACUGUUUAGGCGAUAUUCCCCUUUCCAGAUGCACCGACAGCUACUGUAAGCACCAAUCUUCCUAAUGGCAAACUACACAAAUUCACCUACUCCCAAACAGGAAACACACGAAUACUGGAAACAGCCGAACAGGAAAAGCAUACAAUCAGCUUAUACUCCUGGCAAUCAGCAUACAAUCCAUUUCCCCAAUAAUGAGUUGACACUUCGUUUUGAGGGUCAAGCAGGAACUGAUUUACUGGGGCUACCUGCCUGACUUUUAUGCAGGUCUCCCACCUGGUGGACACUCCCCUAGGGGACCAGAUGGGAAACAUAUUGGACAUUGACCAAUCACAGACAUACACCUUUAAACACUCCCACAAUGCAUCACAAUCCCUCCUCUCUGUCCUGGAGGUAAUUGUGAAAUAAUUCCAUUAUCUCCAAGGACAGAGGCAAAACUCCAUUAGCCACGUGGCAGACAAAGGACAAUAAAAGACAUAAAAUUACAUACUGUUACAUUUAUCACAUAGAACAUACACAUUCUACCUAUCCCCAGAUAGCUUAGAUCUGAGCGCACGUUACUACCGGAUGGCGCUCAGAUCACGUACAUACAGUUCAAUCGCCAUGGAGCCAAAGUCUUUCAUACAGUCUUUCAGUAUACGGCUGGGCUCCAUGGCAUAGCUAUCUGGGGUAGCAUGGCUUUAACAGUCUGCAGAAAGCCACGAAUCCGCUUUUCUGCAGGGAAAAUAAAAGGUUUUAAUUGCCGGGCCAUAGUCUAAAGGGAGCAGGCAAGCAACCAGGCUCCUCCAGUGGACUGUGGCGAGGCUGGUUUUGCCACAGUAAUACACAUGGACUCCUUUUAUGAUAUACUGUUUUUAAUUAUAUUAAGACUACCACAUUAAAGUUUGCAAUAUAAGUCAUAAUUUUAAGCAUUAAAAAAAAAAAUCUUCCAAAAACUAGGGGUAAGCUAACUGGCUGAACAUAAAGUUGUUGAUACGUAGAGGAGAAGAGAAAAAGACCUAAUGCCUUGAUACAUGCAGUGUUUUCACCCUUACAUGAAACUGGACUAUUUGACUUCUGCAGCCUAGCCUAGGCCCACAUGUUGCACAUUAUAUAGGGGGUUGACUUAUCUGCUGAAAAUAGGUCUAAACCUAUAUCACACCUCUAAGUGUGGGGGUCAAUUUAUAUGAUGCAUCAAAUUAUUUGGUGGCAUAUAUGGUACAUUUUAGCACUUUUUGCGGUACAGUGACAUCUCUGUAGAGGUGACCUGUGUAUUUCAUAUGAAUACAAAUCUUUGUAUUGCCUGUUUAUCUUACAACCUGGUUUCCGUAUCAAGCUUGUGAAGUCAUGUACAUAGAUAAGAACUGUAUGAGGUUACUUUACUGCCCACAUAUAUCCUGUUGGUUUUUAAGGCAAUAUUUUUAACCUUAUUACUCAUUCUUAACAUGUCAAAUAUCUGUGCAGAUUGAAAAAAAAAAAAAUGUAGUCCCUGCUUCCAGUUGGUCUAAAUGGAAACGAGUAUAAAAUAUUAAAAGCCCUUCGGCAAAUGGACACAUCUGUUUGGUUACUGUACUCUGGGCUACUUGAUGGCUCUUACGGAUUUGUAAAAUUUAGUCUCAUUGUAAUGGUGAUGAUGGUUUUGAUGGUAAGUGGCAAAAGUGAUCAAUAAGACAAGACAAAAUUUUACAAAUCCGUAGGAGCCAUCAAGUAGCACAGAGUACAGUAACCAAACAGAUGUGUACAUUUGGGAAGCCAAAUCCUUGCUUGCCUGAUUUUUUUUUUUUUUUUUUUUCUACCUGCAAGACCACUAGCAAUUCAAUGGGGUUUUAUUUUGUCAUACUAGACGUUUUUUCUUAAGGGAGGUACUUUGUGAACAUGCUCAGACAAUACAGUUAAAAAUGUGUGUUCUGUGUAAGAAAAGCUCAUUUUAGGCAGACUGCUUCUUAAAGUAUGUUGCUGUAUCAGGAUUGUUUGCCUAGGGCGGUUUGUAAUUCACCCUACAUUAAAUGUAAAACCUGUCUUAUUUCAAGUUUCUUCAGUUAGGGCUGUUGGAAUAAAAUUUAUAUUUUCUUUGAUUGGACCAUGAUUGGAAUGCCUUAAGUCCUUUUUAUUUAACGGUUUAUGUGAUAGAGGGUCAAAGCAUUGCACUUAAAGGACCACUAUGGUGCCUGGAAAACAUACUUGUUUUCCUGCCUCAAUAGGGUCCUUGGGUCCCCCUCCCGCUUUGCUCUAUGGUGAGGAAGGGGUUAAUCCCUUGCCGGCGCUGGGGACUCUCCUCCUCCUUUCCCGUCAUCGGCUGAAUGCGCAUGCGCGGCAAGAGCCGCGCGCACAUUCAGCCAGUCUCAUAGGAAAGCAUUCUCAAUGCUUUCCUAUGGACGCUGGCAUCUUCUCACUAUGAAAAUCUGUGAGAAGCGCGGAAGUGCCUCUAGCGGCUGUCAAUGAGACAGCCACUAGAGGCUGGAUUAAUCUCUGAAACUGCUAUGUUUACAGCAGAAAGGGUUAAUCCUAGAGGGACCUGGCACCCAGACCACUUCAUUAAGCUGAAGUGGUCUGGGUGCCCAUAGUGGUCCUUUAACCGAUGUCCUGCGUUACACUGAGUUGCUAAAUUUUGACCAAAACGGUUUGAUUUAACCAAAAUGCAAGAUUGUUGUUUGCGCUUGGAUCACCAAAACUAUUGCUUCUCCCUAUCUUUGCCAUUCUACAUGCAUGAGGUGGUGUGUACAGUCAUCCUGGAGUAAUACUGUGCAAACCAUAUUUCUAAGUUUCGCUUUUACGCUGUAUUCCCACUGAUAUCAAUGUGGACUUAGAUUCAUACAAGGAAAAGCAUUAAUUCUCUUCAAUUUAAAGCAAAAAAAAAAACUUGGCUCAAUACGUAAAUAUUUAUUUAUAUUUAUAAUCCAAAUGUGAUUUAUUGGAAACAGAAUGCACAAGCCUAGCGACAACCCUCCUUUCACAUACCCUACAGCAAUCUUCGUCAAACUUCAUUUCUGAAUUCUGCACUUUUUAUUCCCACUAUUUCUGUGGUAAAGAUUAUAUUAAUAAUUAAGUUUAAUUUAAAAUAAUUUUCAUUUUUAGUUAUCUGAGAACAGCAGUCUGAGAAAACAAAUAUUAUGUUACUGUAUUUGUGCUAUUUAUGCAUUCCGUAUUAAGCUUUAUAAAUGAUGGAAAAAAAAACAACUCAUAUUUUAGACAUACUUGUUAGUCACUUGCGUUUCUUGUUUUAGUGUUUUCUCUGUUGAACCACAUUUCCUUUUUCACUGUUACCAGUUUUGCUUAGUGCAGUAAAUACCACAGGGAUUAUUGGUGAACUGACCAGUGACUAUAUUAUGUUUGCCAAGGGAUAGCAAUGAUUGAAAUGUUUUUGCAAAUCCAGUCAUUGAUACAAUGGAAAACAUAAUAGGAUGAUAAAAGAGUUGAUUUGUGGUCUAUGCAUGAUUCAUGGCGAUACAAUGUACUGCGCAAGUGGAACUUUUUUUAUUUUAUUUUUUAUUUACCUACUUUUUUUUAAAACUUCUAUUUUCUCUGAACCUAUAAAAUUAAAAUCCUUGUUUAAAAUAUUGUUUUAAAAUUCUUAAUUAAAGACACAACAGGUGCUAGCGCUUAAGGAACAUUAUCGGGUCAGGAAUACAAUUCCUGACCCUAUAGUGUUAAAAACACAUGUAUGGUUCCAGGAUCCCUCCCAUCCUUAAAUAAUAACAAUACAGAAUUGAUGAUCUCAGCCAAUCACAAUGCUUUUGCAUAGGAAAGCAAUAGAUUUGCUAAAAUAGUCAAUUCUGAUGUCACCCAAGGGGACAGAGAGGACCGAUGCUGCUCUAGCCAAUUUGCAUCUCCUCAGAGAUGCAUUGAAUCAAUGCAUCCCUAAGGGGAAAGUUUAGCAUCUCCAUGCAGAGCGUGGAGACACUGAACGACCGUGGACCCAGUAAACGCCUCUAGUGCCCAACAAAGGAGUGGCCACUAGAGGAGUCCCAAAGCAGUAAUGUAAACCCUGCCCUUUUUUUCUGAAAAGGCAGUGUUUUUUUUAGGUUGCAGAAAAACUGGCCGUGCUCACAGUUCUGGUGACUAUAGUGUCCCUUUAAAGACCAACUUCAUAGAUUAUAUCACCUUUUACAUAGUCCAGGCUUUAAUCACUGGUGUCAUAAACUGUUCUAUGCCAAUCACAGACUUACUAAAAUGUCUACCAGACAGCCACUAGAGGGACUUCAAGAGGGCAUGAGGACAUCCAGCGUGCAUAGACUCUAUAGGAAAGCAUUAAAGGGACACUCCAGGCACCCAGACCACUUCUGCCCAUUGGAGUGGUCUGGGUGCCAACUCCCACUACUCUUAACCCUGCAAGAGUAAUUAUUGCAGUUUUUUAAUAAACUGCAAUAAUUACCUUGCGGGGUUAAUUCCACCUCUAGUGGCUGUCUACUAGACAGCCACUAGAGGGCACUUCCGUGUCCCUAGCACAGGAAACCUGUGCUAGAGCGUCGCUGGACGUCCUCACGCUGUGUGAGAACCUCCAGCGUGGCUCAUUUUCCUAUAGAAAAAGCAUUGAAAAGCAUUUUCAAUGCUUUCCUAUAGGGAGCUCUAAUGCGUGGCAUUGCCACACAUGCGCAUUAGGUCUCCCCGGCCGGUGGGCGGGAUCAGUCUUGCCCACCGGCCGACGCAAUCACUGGGAGGAGUGGCGGCGAAGGAAGAAGCAGCGACCUGGGACAUCGUCGCUGCCUCUGGUAAGUUACUGAAGGGGUUUUCACCCCUUCAGCAACCGGGGAUUGGGGGGUGGGAGGGAGAGGGGACCUGCAGUGCCAGGAAAACAGAUUGUUUUCCUGGCACUGGAGUUUUCAUUUAAAACAAUAUUUUCCUAUAGGGAAUCCUAAUGCGAGCGCUGCGUUUUCUGCACAUGUGCAUUAGGUCCCCCCCACCGGCUGAUGUCUACGUGGGAGGAGUGUGACCUGAUUUCCCUCGGUGCUGGAUUCAGUUAGUGGGAGGGGGACCACGCGUGGUGGGGGUUACUGUAGGUACCUAUAGUGCCAGGAAAACCGCUUUUUUUCCUGGCACUAUAAUAUCGGUUAAUUUUCUGAAGAUCUUCAGUAUUACUGUAUAUACAAUAAGAUUCAUCAGAAUAGCCAACUAGUGUAUCACAGUUCACAACCUCUUAGGAUGCAAGGAUUACAAUGGUGUAUUUAUACCUUUAUUUCACAUUCUUAAUAAAAUACAAAUUAAAAAACAAACCCUAGAGUGCACCUUCCCUCAGUGGAUUCACAGAGCUAUUGUUUUGUACAGUGGUUUGGAAGAUAUACAUACUGUGUCUUGCCUUUAAAUUUUUGUAGCUGAUAUAUUUGUUUCUCUUCUAUUCUAGAUGGCUCAGUGUGUGACCAAAGUCCAGCUGUCAAUCUCCUGUACAGACUUGCUGGAUAAAGACAUUGGUUCCAAGUCAGAUCCUCUCUGUGUAGUUCUACAAAGUGUUGGCGAUGGAAAGUGGUCAGAGGUAAAGAGGAGAGGGCAGUAUUAAUUCUUGUAUCUAUGGUAGGACUGUAUAGUCUAGUCUGUUACCUCUGAGUUUUGUCAACAUGUAUAUUUUAUUAAGUUGUGUAAAUAGCUGUGUAAUUUAUCAUUUAUUUUUUUUACAGUGAUAUAGAUUAAGUUUUAAUCAGUGGAAAAAAGAGAGAUGGACUGGAAUAGGCAUGGGAAAGUACUUCAGAGACAGGUGUGGAUAAGUCUGGGGAAGCAGUGCAGGGAAAGCCUCAACAUGGGUAGCAGUACAGAGCAUGUGAUCAGGCAAUAGGGAAGACUUGCAGAGAGCCCGGGGGAAGUUUACAUAUAACCUAGUUUGUUUUGAAUCUAAAAAGACCUGGUUUAGGAUGGAGAGCUGUGUGCAGAGACGUCUGUGGUCUGAUAUAGGCAUGAGAGCAUGGAUGGAGGUAAUCUGAGGUAUACAGGAGGAUAAAAAAAAUUUAAGAUUUGUUUGAUUUAAAUUAUUCGCCUCAUUAAACUGGCAGACUUAGUUCAGUGUAACUUUUUGGAUAUUUGGAUGCUGUCUAAUCUGUAGACCGUUAUAUUGCGGAAGGAGAUUGUAUUUUUGAAGUCUGAGAUUUGUAUAUUAUCUGGUAAACAAACUCCAGCUGGAACUGAUGCAAAGCCACUGCCGCAGAGACAUACUAGAAAUGGCAUAUUGCACGGUCUGUUGCUCUACAUAAUUCAUUUUCAGCACUUUCAGAGUAUAAUGGUGUUAUGGAAACAGGCUCAGGCACUGAGGGCAGUGGUGUCGUGGAGACGGGCUCAGGCACUGAUGGCAGUGGUGUUGUGGAGACGGGCUCAGGCACUGAUGGCAGUGGUGUCGUGGAGACGGGUUCGGGCACUGAUGGCAGUGGUGUCGUGGAGACGGGCUCGGGCACUGAUGGCAGUGGUGUCGUGGAGACGGGCUCGGGCACUGAGGGCCGUGGUGUCGUGGAGACGGGCUCGCACCAGGCCGGUAUCGUGGAGACGGCUCGCACCGAGGGCCGAACCCCACACCCAACCCAAACCACCCCCAACCCCACACCCCCAACCCCCCACACACCCAACCCCACACCCCAACCCGCACUGAGGGCCGUGGUGUCGGGAGACGGGCUCGGGCACUGAGGGCCGUGGUGUCGUGGAGACGGGCUCGGGCACUGAGGGCCGUGGUGUCGUGGAGACGGGCUCGGGCACUGAGGGCCGUGGUGUCGUGGAGACGGGCUCGGGCACUGAGGGCCGUGGUGUCGUGGAGACGGGCUCGGGCACGGAGGGCCGUGGUGUCGUGGAGACGGGCUCGGGCACGGAGGGCCGUGGUGUCGUGGAGACGGGCUCGGGCACGGAGGGCCGUGGUGUCGUGGAGACGGGCUCGGGCACGGAGGGCCGUGGUGUCGUGGAGACGGGCUCGGGCACGGAGGGCCGUGGUGUCGUGGAGACGGGCUCGGGCACGGAGGGCCGUGGUGUCGUGGAGACGGGCUCGGGCACGGAGGGCCGUGGUGUCGUGGAGACGGGCUCGGGCACGGAGGGCCGUGGUGUCGUGGAGACGGGCUCGGGCACGGAGGGCCGUGGUGUCGUGGAGACGGGCUCGGGCACGGAGGGCCGUGGUGUCGUGGAGACGGGCUCGGGCACGGAGGGCCGUGGUGUCGUGGAGACGGGCUCGGGCACGGAGGGCCGUGGUGUCGCGGAGAGCUCGAACGAGGGCCGGGUGCCGGAGACGGCUCCGCACGGAGGGUCGUGGUCGCGGAGACGGGUCGGGCACGGAGGGCCGUGGUGUCGGGAGACGGGCUCUCGCACGAGGGCCGCGGGUGUCGUGGAGACGGGUCGCCGGCACGGAGGGCCGUGGUGUCGUGGAGACGGGCUCGGCACGGAGGGCCGUGGUGUCGUGGAGACGGCUCGGGCACGGAGGGCCGUGGUGUCGUGGAGACGGGCUCGGGCACGGAGGGCCGUGGUGUCGUGGAGACGGGCCGGGCACGGAGGCCGUGGUGUCGUGGAGACGGGCUCGGGCACUGAGGGCCGUGGUGUCGUGGAGACGGGCUCGGGCACUGAGGGCCGUGGUGUCGUGGAGACUGGCCCCGGCCCGGAGUGUAGUGGCAUUGUGGCGACGGGCCCCGGUGUGUGUGUGUGUGUGUGUGUGUGUCUGUUACUGAGUGUGUCUGUUAGCUAGUGUAUGCAUAUCUGUCAGUGAAUGUGUGUGUGUAUUUUAGAAGGUUGGGUGGGGGUGGCACGGGGCGGAGGGGGCGUCUGAGUUUUGUCCUGCAUAGGGGAGCACAAAACCAGGAUACACCAUUGGCCUUACUUCAGUAGUGGGGAAAGUAAUGGAAACCAUGUUAAAAGAUAGGAUUGUUGAACAUCUAAAAAUCACAUGGAUUUCACGAUCAGAGACAUCAGGGAGAUCAUGCCAAACUAAUCUUAUUGAUUUUUUUUUGAUUGGGUAACUAAAAUAAUAGAUAAGGGUGGUGCAGUAGACGUUGCUUACCUAAAUUUAAGUAAGGCUUUUGACACUGUUGGUUUAUCAAUAAACUGCAAUCUUUAAAGGGAUACUCCAGGCACCCAGACCACUUCUGCCCAUUAGAGUGGUCUGGGUGCCAACUCCCACUUCCCUUAACCCUGUAAGUGUAAUUAAUGCAGUUUUCAUAAACUGGAAUAUUUACCUUGCAGGGUUAAGUCUUCCUCUAAGUGGCUGUCUAUCAGACAGCCACUAGAGGGACUUCCGUGUUCCGGAAGUGUGUAAGGACCUCCAGCCCUGCCAAAAUCCUUUCCUAUGGGGAGGUCUAAUGCACAUUAGGUCUAGACGUGCGGAGUAUGACCAGAGCUGAGGGACAUCGGCACCGGACUCCAGUAAGUCACUAAAGGGGUUUUAUCCCCUUCAGCAACUUGGAAUUGGGGGAUGGGAGGGAGGGGGGCACUACAUGGUCCUGCAGUGCCAGGAAAACUAAUGUUUUCAUGGCACUGGAGAAUCCCUCUAAGUUUGGAUUCCAAUAUUGUUGAAUGGGUAAGGCAGUGGCUGAGUGACAGGCAACAGAGGGUUGUAGUCAAUGGAGUAUAUUCAAAGCUUGAGCUUGUCACCAGUGGGGUACCUCAGGGAUCUGUACUUGGACCCAUUCUCUUUAAUAUUUUUUAUUAGUGAUAUUGCAGAAGAUCUUGAUGGUAAGGUAUGUAUUUUUGCUGAUGAUACGAAUAUAUGUAACAGGGUUGAUUUUCCAGGAGGGAUAAGACAAAUGGCAAAUAAUUUAGGUAAACUAGAAAAAUGGUCAGAGUUGUGGCAACUGACAUUUAAUGUGGAUAAGUGCAAGAUAAUGCACCUUGGAGGGAAAAACCCAAGGGCAGAGUACAGAAUAUUUGAUAGAGUCCUAACCUCAACAUCUGAGGAAAAGGAUUUAGGGGUGAUUAUUACUGAUGACUUAAAGGUAGGCAGACAAUAUAAUAGAGCAGCAGGAAAUGCUAGCAGAAUGCUUGGUUGUAUAGGGAGAGGUAUUAGCAGUAGAAAGAGGGAAGUGCUCAUGCCAUUGUACAGAACACUGGUGAGCCCUCACUUGGAGUAUUGUACACAGUACUGGAGACCGUAUCUUCAGAAGGAUAUUGAUACCUUAGAGAGAGUUCAGAGAAGGGCUACUAAACUGGUUCAUGGAUUGCAGGAUAAAACUUACCAGGAAAUGUUAAAGGAUCUUAACAUGUAUAGCUUGGAAGAAAGACGAGACAGGGGGGAUAUGAUAGAAACAUUUAAAUACAUAAAGGGAAUCAACACAGUCAAGGAGGAGACCAUAUUUAAAAGAAAAACUACCACAACAAGAGGACAUUGUCUUAAAUUAGAGGGGCAAAUGAUUAAAAAUAAAAUCCAGGAGGGGCGUGGCCUGCAGCCGGAGAUGAACGGACGCCUGUAAGAACAGCUCCGGCAAACGGAGACCUAAAAGGGCUGAAACCAAGCGGUACACCGAGCGUAUUAUAUCUACACUGACCGGAGGAGGUGAGCAUCAUGUCGCAGAGGCAGAAAAACAAAGCGGAGAAAUCCGACCGAGCCGCGUUCUUCCUGACUAAAGCCGCGGCCUCCAAGCUGAGAGAGGGCCAGGAGCCUGCACAAGAUGGCGGCGACCAGGAGAGGCGGGAAAACUCCCCUCCUCGCUCACCAGAAGAGCAACCCCUGACCAUGGGGGGCAUCCGAGCAGUGAUGGAGGAAUUCACGACCACCAUUCAAAGGAACAUGAAGAAACAGCUCCAGGAGCUGAAAUCUGAAUUACACAGAGAGAUACAGGAGAUAGGUAAUCGCACCACACAGAUUGAAACCAAACUGGAUGAACAAGCUGUAGCUCACAACAGCCUAGCAGAUAAGAUCCAAGAGCUGGAUAAUAUUUUGGAGGUACACAGAAUAAAACUAGCGGACAUGGAAGACAGAGCAAGGAGGAAUAACCUCAGGUUCCGAGGCAUUCCAGAAUCUAUACAAAACGCUGACCUCCAAAGUUACCUAUCAAGCCUAUUCCAAGUCCUCGCCCCAGAAAUUCACCCUGACCAAUUGCUUAUCGACAGAGCGCACAGACUACGCAGACCCAAGCACCUACCUCCUACAGCAGAGAGAGAUGUAGUUGCAAGAAUUCAUUUUUUCCACGCCAAAGAAAAAAUUGAGAGCCAGUAGGGUCACAAGCCUGCCUGAUAAAUACAAAUCUAUAAAAAUUUUUGCAGACCUAUCGGCUGACACCCUGCAUUUUCGGAAAUCUCUGGCACCCAUCACCUCAAUUCUGAGAGAACAGAACGUGAACUACCGCUGGGGAUAUCCAGCCAAACUCCUGAUUUCUCAUCAAGACGCGAUCCACAUGGUUACAGAUGUGACUCACGGCAUUCGCAAGCUGAAGGAUUGGGGCCUGCCUCUCCCACCCAUUGGACCAACAAAGUCGGCAAGAAUCCCAAGAUUGCAGCCGGAAUGGUCGACCAAAUGAAGCACCUGUGAUACACGUAACUAUAUAGCACACACACCUCUACGAAUAAUAAAACAGACUGAUAUAAGACUUUAUAAUGCCAAAGACACUCUCGUUCCAGAAUAUGGUACAUAUAUUAAUUAACAUGGGCACUACAAGCUCUAGACUCAUCAAAUCAGCAGCAUAUACAGCUGGUUAGAUUUAGACUCUGCCCAAUGCGCAAUUUGUACUACAUGAAGGAAUGGACUGCGCAUGAGAUGUUGUUAGCUACAGACACCUUCACUGCGCUUACCCAGAGAGGGUGUGUCACGAGUAUCACAGAAUUAUAUUGGUUAUUUUACUGUAUGUUCAUGUAUUAACCACUUAACUAGUUUGUAAGUAUUUAGCUUGACAUUGCUCUGAGGUCUCUAGGUGAAUGACCGACAUGUUAGAUGGACUCACCUGCACCCCCCCCAUUACCCGCAUCUACUGGCUAGAUUGCGGAACGAGGCCCCAGUUAUGGGAGCUUUACUGGGUACACCACCCACAACCUGUUUCGACCCAUCUUUACCCCCCCGUACCACCCCACGACAUUCAGUACACAUGUUACACCCUCAACUGGAACAUUCUCGCAAGCAUUACCACCACCUGGCAUACAAUAACAACCCCAGGAUACUAUUACACAUGGUUGGGACACGACUUAGCGUGUUGGGCUUUAGAAAUCCUAUUAACCCACCAUGAAAAUUUUGACUUAUAAUGUAAAAGGGUUGAAUACCCCAGGUAAAAGAAGCCUCUUGUUACAAGAGCUUAGGAAACAAAAAAUCGAUAUAGCCUGUGUCCAGGAGACACAUCUUAAAAAUACUAAGGUCCCCGAAUUGUACACCAAACACUUUCCAACCCAAUAUCACGCGGUCUCGAUAAAUAAAACCAAGGGGACGUCCAUUCUAAUCCACAAAGAUGUGGCGUUUAUAGAACAGGGAAAACUAGUGGACCCACAGGGUAGAUAUAUCAUUUUGACAGGCCUCUUCAAUAACGCUCAGUACACCCUGGUCUCGGCAUACUUCCCUAACACAGGUGCAGAGAUAUUUCUCCAUCGCCUUAUGCAGAAAAUUGACCAACACAAACUAGGGGGACUAAUCCUCUGUGGAGACUUUAAUUUUAUCACUUCUCCUGAGGAGGACACAACAGCACUCCCUCAGGGCGCAAGGCGAAGACAAAUGGUAUCAACAUGUAAAAUGUUAAAUACAAAACUUACAUUACACAAUUUAUACGAUAGCUGGAGGGUCCUCCACGCUGGUGAGAGGGACUACACGUUCCACUCGAGAGUACACAACACUUACACCCGGAUUGAUACCUUUUAUGUAGACCAACAAACGCUAGCACAAGUUUCGACUUGUACUAUUGGUGACAUAACCUGGUCGGACCACAGCCCUGUAUACCUAGAGCUCUUCGACUCUUUCCAAUUUAAGGGGAGGGGGACGUGGCAGUUAAAUGAAUCAUUAUUACGAGACAACACAUUCAUACAACAGGUGAGGACGGACUUAACUGACUAUUUCCAGACAAACUCUGGGGGAGACGUGUCUGACCAAACCGUGUGGCUCGCACAUAAAGCGGUGGCGCGAGGCCUCUUCAUUAGACGCUCCUCACAUCUCAAGAAACAUAGACAAAAAACCCAACUAGAAUGCCAGAAACUGCUAGCAGUAGCGACGACCCAAAACAAAUUGAACCCAUCUCCGGCGCUGGCUAAACAGGUGCAAACCCUAACAAGUCAAUUAACAGAACUGAAUGCAGCGAAAACGGCCUAUUUUUUACAAAGGUUGAGGGCAACAUCCUACCACCAUAGUGGAAAAGCUACAAAAUACCUAGCCAACCGCCUAAAGGCGAGACUGGCAACGUCCAAAAUAGCCCACCUACAUACCGCGGCGGGUAAAAAGAUACAAAACCCUAUGGAAAUAACACAAGAGUUCGCUAAUUAUUAUGCUGCCCUCUACAACCUGGGGGAUCAGCCUGGCGUGGCCCCCUUAGAGGACGCUUCGAUUCGCUCCUACUUAACAGGGCUCCCCCUCCCGAGGCUGGACCAGACCCAGCACUCCGCACUACUGGAACCAAUCACAGUAGACGAAGUCCUGGACACCAUCAAACAGCUGCCCGCUGGAAAAUCUCCGGGGGCUGAUGGUUUGUCCAAUCUGUACUACAAAACAUUUGCAGAUAUACUUGGCCCGUGGCUGAUGCGGACGUUCCAGACGGCGACGGACACGGGCCAACUCCCCUCCGAGAUGCUCCUAGCCACAAUAGUAACCUUGCCCAAACCCGGGAAACCCCCAGAUCAAUGCAAAAAUUUUAGGCCCAUCUCACUGCUAAACUCGGAUGCCAAGAUCUAUGCUAAGAUACUAGCCACCAGAAUGAGUAAAAUUCUUCCAACACUGAUACACGAUGAUCAAACUGGGUUCGUGCUGGGGAGGCAGGGGACGGACAACACCAGAAAGCUAUCCCUGGUGUUGGAAAAGAUGCGGGGGGCCGGUCCAGGGAGUCUACUACUGGCCUUAGAUGCUGAGAAAGCCUUUGACCGCCUGGGCUGGCCCUUCCUCCGCCGGGUGCUGGAAGGGUUCGGAUUCCCACACCAAUUCAUCACCCAGAUAUUUGCCUUGUACUCACACCCCUCAGCCCAAGUCCUGCAAGCGGGGUUUUUGUCCAUGCCGUUCAAAAUUACGAAUGGCACGAGACAGGGGUGCCCCUUGUCACCCCUACUAUACGUACUAGCCUUAGAGCCAUUACUUGCAGCGAUCAGAACCCACCAAGCAAUGGGCGAACGAUAAAAAUUAGCGCAUUCGCGGACGACAUCUUGCUGUACAUUACAAAUCCUGUCAAAUCCCUACCUAACAUAAUGAAACUCAUCAAGGAGUACGGGGCGCUGUCCUAUUACUCUCUAAAUGCCACAAAAACACAAGCAUUAGGUUUCCGCCUGGACUCACAAGUCCUGACAAAACUGCAGAGAGAAUACCCAUUCGAAUGGAGAACUGGGAACAUAAAAUACCUGGGACUAACAUUCACCAAAAACCCAAAUGAUAUGUUUCCUUCCAACUAUAAUGGGGUCUGGAAAGACUGCUCCGGAAUCCUGAAAGGCUGGGGACACAUUUUCUUAUCCUGGGCGGAGCGCAUAAUAGCACUUAAAAUGUCCAUAUUGCCAAAACUCCAAUAUGUAUUCAGGAACCUCCCAUGGAAAGCACCAAACUCAUAUUUCAAGAAUAUACAGGCAAAAAUGUUACAAUUCACUUGGGGCACAGGACGGGCGAGAAUCUCUCAAAAAGUAUUAAUGGCCCCCGCGUGUAAAGGCGGGAUGGCGUUCCCACAUGUUAAAACAUAUUACCAAGCUGCGAUACUGGCAUCGCUGCUUGCACAUCUUACCAUAAAGGGCCAACCCCAAUGGGUACACAUGGAAAAUCAAGCCAUAGCCCCCCUCCGAGUCUCUAACCUAAUGUGGCUACGGAAAACCAUUAGACCAACCACAACGACCAUGCCGUCACAACUUAGCCUAGCACUAAAUAUCUGGGACCAACACAGAUCUCACUUUGAAUCGCAGUGUCCACUGUCUCUAGCAACCCCUACUGAGGCACUUACGUAUUGUAUCCCCACAUUCCAUGCAACGCCAUGGAAAGACAGGGGAGCCACCCACCUAGCCCACCUAUACAAAAAGGGCAAACUGCUGCCCUUUCUGGACCUGCGCCGCCUAUACAACAUACCACCCACAUCUCACUACUCACACAUCCAGCUACAAUCCUUCUUACACAAGCACAAUAGAGAACAAGCACAAAAACACGACGGAGGUGAAGAAAUCUCGACCUGGGAAAAAAUAGGGAUUACAGGGAUACCCCCACCCAAAUUUAAACCACUAUCUGAAUGCUACAAAAGUAUCCACUCAUACCAGCCGUUCCAUAGCUCUAUCCAGGCACAGCACUGGUCCACGGACCUGAAUGUUAACAUAACAGAACACAAAUGGAAACACAUAGCAACAUCAGUGAGAAAAUUGGUGAAAUCAGCCCCUCUUCUUGAACAAUACCAAAAAACAAUCUAUAGGUGGUAUAUGGUGCCCACUCACCUACACAGGCUGUAUCCCCACUCGCCCCCGACCUGCUGGAGAUGUGCUGGAGACUUGGGCUCAGAACUACAUAUUUGGUGGAGAUGCCCUAAACUAGAGAGGUACUGGAAGGAAGUACGACAACUUAUUACCCAAACUACUAAAACGGACAUUGCCCUAGAGCCCUCGACAUUUCUCUUACUGGACAUUCCCCCUGACUUGCCUGCCACGAUAAAGAAAUUAAUCUAUCAUAUAUUACUGACAGCACAGAGAGUAAUAGCGAGGUCCUGGAAAUCUACCAGACCCCCGAGCGUCUCCCACAUUAUACAAGAUGUAAAUAAACAACAAAUCUAUGAAACGCAAUACUCUGCUACACACACAAAAACGCAGCGCUGGGGGGGAGCAUGGGAGUUGUGGAGCUCCUGGACACACAAGACUACAAGCCACCUGGCACAACAACACCACUAAGACAUCAAAGUAACCUCCACACAGGGAGCUAGUUGACAUGGGGACAGUACACACAUAGCCCAAUUGGUAGAUAUAUAAGGAACAGCCACAAGGCGGGAUAACGAGGCAGGAAAGGACACUUGGCAGAGCCAGGAUAAGACAUGAGGGGGCAACAGGAUGACUGCAGGAAACGCUAAAAGAUUGGUUGACAAAAUGCUAGGAGCGGUCAAAGUCAAUAGAUGUGUGUAUGUAGUAUAAUCCUCAGCCCACCGGGGACUGGCAUCAUGUAUAACCUUGAACUACUAAUAUUUGCCUGACAACUCUAUUAGUAUAAUUCUUGCUGGGAAUGGAAUAUGUAUCUAUAAUGUAACUGUGUGUCACCCCAACCCCUUCUUUUCUGUACCCUACCCUCCCUAACAUUAUGACAUGUUGAAACUCAAUAAACUUCAAAUUUCAAAAAUAAAAAUAAAAUCCAGAAGUAUUACUUUACUGAGAGGGUAGUGGAUGCAUGGAAUAGCCUUCCAGCUGAAGUGGUAGAGGUUAACACAGUAAAGGAGUUUAAGCAUGCGUGGGAUAGGCAUAAGGCUACCCUAGACUUAAGAUAAGGCCAGAGACUAAUGAAAGUAUUUAGAAAAUUGGGCAGAAUAGAUGGGCCGAAUGGUUCUUAUCUGCCGUCACAUUCUAUGUUUCUAUGAGACUGGGGAUGGAUUGCAGAGGAAACCAGGAUUAGAAGAGUGAAGUAGUGCUGGGUAGUCUUGGAUUUGGCAAUCUGAGUAGAGAGAGCCCCGAUUUAUACUGUAGAUAAGUAAUGCAUGGAUUUCCUAAUUCAACAAAUCAAUUAAAAAGUUGAAGUCUCAUGUGAGAAUGGCUUCCAAUAUAUCCUUGCCAAGGCAGUGACAUCUCAACGUUAUUGAUGCACUACAAAUCCCGGGAGUCCGAGAUCACAGUGGUGUAUUUCUUGUGGUGCUGCAACACUUGCCCUUCUAAACCUUUUCUUCUAUUUAUAAUGAUAUAAUGAAAAGUCCUUUUCAAAGGGCUAACUCACAGAGCUGCAGAUUUGAGCAAAGUCUUUAGUCCCUUGGCUUGGAUAUUGAACUUGCCAAAUGUAUUUAAAAGGAUGCAAGAUUGCCAGUUACAUUCUAAAAAUACAAUGCUUUUGAGCUUUGGUCUAAUACGGUCUAUGGAAUUCAGAUUCUGACAGCAGUUUCUCUUUCCCUUCUAGUUGGCUCGGACUGAGAAGAUCAAGAACUGUCAGAGUCCUGAGUUCUCCACCAAGCCAGUCAUAGACUACUAUUUUGAGAAAGUGCAGAGCAUAAAAUUUGGGAUCUACGAUAUUGAUAAUAAAUCUGUGGACCUAAAUGACGAUGACUUUCUUGGAGGAUUUGAAUGUACUAUUGGUCAGGUAAGAUAGGCAUAUGUGUCUAUUUGUUGAAAUGCUUUGCAGAUUUGUUUACUUCCUCUGGUUUAUCAUAUGCAGCAAAAAUCUGUUACCAAUGUGUCACACCAAGAAGUGUGUAAAAAGAGGGCCUGUGCACACAACUAUUCUUUUAUAUGGAUCUUUUUUGUGCAACAACCUUAGCUUGAUUGCAUCUGGAAAUUGAUACAUUGGUCAUCAGUAAGAUAAUAAACAUUAGAAUAAAGUUAAAUGACUAAUCCUCUCUAGGAUAGCUAUAGACAUACCAUAUUAUUUAGGUGUUUUUAAAUAACCCUUGUAAUGUUCCUAUUGGAAUACAAUCCGCUUGCUAGUUCAUUAGUAAGUCAUUGCUUUAUAUAAUGCUCUAUAUCAUACUGCAUUCGUAGUCUACUAGAAGUAUUGAUUAUUUUAUUUAGAGGUGUGUUUGUGUUUUUUUUCUUUUGUUAAGCGCUAAAGUGGUGCAGGUUACUGUACUAUGUCGGUAUUUCAAAGCUGAGGGCUUUUAAACCAAUCUUAUCUACACCCUCUAUUAGGACAGGUUAGCCUUGCAGGGUCAUAACUAAAGUAAGAAUUUAAUGAGAAUUUUGAAUUUCAUGUCAAAACAGCUAUGCUUUCAGUUUAGUUACUCUAGUCUAGACUCUUAUUUGAAAUUCUUUGAAUUCACUUUAAAUUCUCACUCUACUAAAAAUCACUGUUAAUCUUUAGCAUUUUCACUUUAACUUCCAUUGUCUGAUCACAUUGAGUAAAUGAGCUGUUCUACAAGUUUGGGGUAGAUUUUUCAGAAAGUCAUGUCCUCUUGUGGUUCCAAGUUGUGAAGGACCUUAGCGUGUUUUCUCAAGGCUAGAGUUGCUGCUGUCCCCACUGAAAAUUCAUUUUAUUUUUUGUUUUUAUAAAAAAAAAAUCAUUUUAUAGUCUUGGAAGUGAAUCACUAGUAUUCUGCUUGUUUAAUUUUCUAGAUUGUAUCAAAUCGCACACUGAAAGGUCCUCUAGAACUAAAGAAAGGGAAACUUGCUGGAAAAGGAACGAUUUCUGUAAGUUAUUGUACCAUUGCAUAUAGUGUAUUUUUUAUUAUAAACACCAAAACAACUUUAUCUGACACUUUAUUCUGCAUUUGUACUGUUUGCGACCUAAAAUCAGGUGGUCAUGCUAUUUUAGUGUGUCACAAUUGGUAGGAACACACCAUUCUUCUACAUUACUGGCCACAAUAAGAUAAUAAUAGUUAUAGAUAUCAAUUAUUCCUGAUUUAGUAAUGUACUGAAACCUGUGCUAAGGGAAACAUUUAAUAGGCAGCAGACAUGUACAGCUAAAGCAGUGUAAGAUCUGCACAUUAUUCCUUAAGUCCUAUAAGUGGCACUUUUGUGUUUUAUGCUUCCUUUUAUGCCUCCUCAAUACUCACAUUACCAUUAUGCAAUUUGUGUAAAAAAAUUUAAAAAAUGCUGUUACCAGGCUUAUCUUUACCGCCCUGUGCAUUUUAGGAUCCAGUUCAGAUUACGGACCCUAACCUUCAAACUCCUCAACAACCCUAUUCAUCAUUAAAUUUCCUCUGAUUCAAAAGUAAAUCCACUUCAGUAAAUCAGUCCUGUUAAACCAUCAUUUCCCUUAUUUGUGCAGUGAGAUUGCUAAAUCUUUUACAGGACUUCUCAAAUACUUCUCCGUAUCAUUCCUAUAAAUGCCCUAACGCCUAAUUCAUACUACCCUAAUCUCCAUGCCUUCUUUCUUCUCUCUUUAACCCUGUAAGGACCAAACUUCUGGAAUAAAAGGGAAUCAUGACAUGUCAGACAUGUCAUGUGUCCUUAAGGGGUUAAUAGUCAUUGGUCUCUCUUUCUAGUUUCUAGUGCUUCCAUAGUCUCCUUUGUGCUAAACUUCUAUUUUAUGGCUCUCCUUUUGUUUGUUUUCUUUAAAAAUGUAUCUAGAUAAAGCUGCCAUAGCAGUCAUUCUCCCCUCUUCUUUCACACAUUGUUCUUCCUGUUGUGGUUCCCCCACACCCUUUCUCCUAGAUUGUAAGGUCAUUUGAGCAGGACACUCUUCACAAUAUAAACAUUAUUGGAACUCCGUGUUUCCGUAUACACUGUCACAGCUCUGGACCUAAUUGGUAAUUAAUGUGCUUCUCUUCUAGAUCACUGCGGAAGAGCUCAAAGACACAAGGGUUGUGAAUUUAGAAGUAGAAGCCAGGAAUUUGGACAAAAAGGUACUAUCUAAAAAUUAAUCAUCCGUUUCAAAUUUGGAAGUAGUAACUGUGUCAGUGUAGCCUUUUUUGAUCUUUAUUUAGACGUUUGUUGUAUUCUUAAUCAAAGCAAUAACUGAACAACGGGAAAAAAUAUAAUGACACAGAACAGGUAAGUAUAAAUGGUUCCCUCAACCGUAAGGUUGUUUUGAGCCACAGUAACUGUUAGUUGUCCCUUCUUGCCGUGCUCUGGCUAGUUAAAAGGAAGUUUCUGUAUUUCCGCAGGCAAAUUUUGAUUGCUGGUCUAACUGGCUUCUGUCACAACAGGAGAAGGUUGACCUUGGUACAGAGCAAACAAGAACUCCAUUCUGAAUGUCUUAGUUUCCACUCUUCUCUGCAAAGUUGAGUUCUGAAUUGCGAAUAAUCCUGUAAUCAGGGGAAAAGAGCUGGUUUGAUUACAGAUUUAUUUACUAUAGAAGUAGAUGGUGAAGAAAAAAAACAGUGGAGAUUGCAGUGGUGGAAAGUGUGAAGAGAAGAGGAAAGACCAGGUGGGCAGAGUUGAGGGGGAGAGAGCAUGAAAAUAAUGCAUAGGGAGAGUGUUGUCAAACCUGUUCAAUGUUUGUUUUUCUAGCUGUAUGAAUGAACGGUUUGUUCCAUCUUGAGGUAUUCACAAAUCCGGGUCACCAUUUGGCAUUGUAUUUAUCAUAUCUGUAGUAUAAAUAGGCUGUCAGCUCCUAUUUAUGUUUAUGCUCAACUCAUGCUAUGCAUUUUUAGAGUGACAUGACUUUUAUUUCUGUGGAGCAGUGGUCCUCAACCCUCUCCUGAAGGCACACCUAACAGUCUGGGAUUUAGGGAUUACCUGGUCGUGUCUAAGGUGUUUAAAAAAAAAAAACUAAAAACAAGUUAGACUCAAAGGUGUUUUUUUUUUUUUCUCUUUUUCUAAACACCUUAGAGUCUUGAGUAACUUACCUGCUAUUAAUUUCCCGUUUGCACUUUUAAUGCAUUACCGUAAUGCAUUGAUAUAGAUCUGCUACAGGCUUUAGUGCCCCUUUAACUCCUUAAGGACACAACUUAUGGAAUAAAAGGGAAUCAUGACAGUAUAUUUCCAUCAUAUGUCCUUAAGGGGUUAAUACAUAGGAUUAUAGAAUAAAGCAAGAUUGUUCUUCUUGACGUCUUUAGGACACACUUGGUCUUCAAGGGUUUUCGUUCAGCAACGCCCAAAUUGUAUGUUCUGAUCAUAUACAAUAUCAUUAAUAGAACAUCAACAUAAGAUGCCCCUACAAGCCUCUUCUCAUAAAUGCAGAACCCUUCACAAUGUAAAAACUCUUGUAUAAGGUUGAUAUAAAUAAUGUAUGUAAUCUUUUGUAAACAAGUCUGUGUUUUGUUUUUUUCUUCUUUGUUUUUUGUUGUUGUUUUUUCUCAAAGGAUUUAUUUGGUAAAUCAGACCCAUUCCUUGAAAUCUUCAAACAAGGAGAUAGUGGAAACUGGCAGCUGGCCUACAGAUCAGAGGUAUGAUUACAAGCACUUGAAAACUGCAUUAUUUAUACUGAUAUUGGCCUAGUAAUGGCUCUUAAUAUUUGCAACUGUUUUCUCAUGAUGCAUCAAGCUUCAGUAAAGGCAUGGGAGGAAAGAAUACUUUGCAUAAUACUGUAGUGAAACUCCUGGAUGUCUUCAUAGGACACCGACCAAGAUGUAGUAUGAAGAACUCACCAUGUUUGUUCAUUAAGCAGGAAAUUAACAGAUGACAAAAUAUCACUCAGGAAUAUUCCAAAUCUUUGCUGUUAACAAUAAUUAGGAUUAAUUGCCCUUUAUUCUGUUAAACAUUCUACAAAAGAAAAAAAUCUUAAUGAUUAUACUGACUCCCUUCCCCCAUGCUCAGCCAUCCUUCGUGUUAUAUUUAUUUAUAUAUAUAAACUUUCCCCCCCCCCCCUUGAGUCAGAUUUCAGUAUCUGCGUGCCUCCAUUUUGUUUUAAUGCAGUUUGCGCUUCUGAGGCAUGAAUUUUUAAUAUUUUUGUGCCUGAUGGAUUGUGGGUGCAUUACCUUGACAAUUAAAAAGGAACCUUGCGUAUGCUUCGCCCAUUGCAAAAGAUUGCCAGAGAAAAUGCUCUUCAUAACAAAAAGCAGUCUCUACUUUUCCUUAUCUAUAGAAAGAAAACCAAGAUAGAUUUAAUAUAAAAAAUGUUUUUAAAAUGUAUGUGUAUAUGUGUAUUUAUAUACACACACGUUGCAUUGUGGGAUAAAAACAUUGAAGGUGAUAGUGCUGCUUUAAAUCAUCUGCCUAUUUUAAUGUUAAUGUGUUGUUCACACAUGGCUGCUCUUUCUCAGGUUAUCAAGAACAAUCUCAAUCCUGUCUGGAAAAAGUUUAGUGUUCCAUUGCAGACAUUAUGUGGAGGAGACCUGAAUAAGCCCAUCAAGGUAAGCAUUUGUGUACCUGUGCUUUGCUGCUGACUGCAGUUAAUUGCUUAAUGGAUUGUACAUAUGAAACACUCACAUUAAGAAUUCAGUACGAAUUCACAGAAUAGGCACAUUAACUGCUAGCUUAAGUGUAAAGAAUCUCUGAUUCACAUGUGUAUUCUGCUGUCAGGUGUCAGUUAGUGAUCAUGAUGACAACUCCAGUACUGAUCUGAUAGGAGAAUUCGAGUGCACCACUGCCAAGCUGCUGGGAGCUCAAGAAAAUGCGGUGAGCCAUGUAAUCUUUUCUCACUCCGUGCCUCUCUUCCUCUAGGUUCAUUGUUCUGAUUAUGAUAGCGAUGGCUCUCAUGACUUAAUAGGGAUCUUUGAGACUAACUUGUCUCAGCUGCAGAAGGCUGGAGGAGGGACUCCGGUGAGCUGGAUUUUUCUUUUUUUUUCUUCCUAUUUAAACCAUUGCAAAUCAAACUAAUUUCCCCUUUCCUGCCUUGGAUGCAUCAAAUGUGCAAGCAUCUGAUUCAAUUAUUUUUCAGCUCUGGAAUGCAUGUAUGGUAAAGAUUGUUUGCUGAUCAUGUCCUUUGAUUAUGGUGUAAUGGCCUUGUUACUACACAGGUGUGGGGAGGUAGCAUGUGAUUUAAAAUUAAUGAAUAAAAAAAAUAUAUCUAUAUAUCAAGAACCAUAUAUAUAUAUUUUUUUUAAUAAUUCUUUAUUUUUAUUGUGCUUAUGAAUAUAUUUUUAAAUACAAGUAUUUACAAUUUAUUUUCCUUGUGUUCAGGUGGAGUUUGAAUGCAUUAACCCAAAGAAGAAACAAAAGAAGAGUUACAAGAACUCUGGAGUUAUCCGUGUCAAAUCAUGCAAAGUAAGUGUUAGUGCCACAAGUCAAAUCUGUAGUUUGUCACAUGGUCUGUUAUUUAGUUCCAUGAGCUUAUUAGUAAGUUUCUCAACUUCUUGGUGAGUCACUUACAUAGAAGAGUGUUGCUAUUUGCUUAUGUUUUGGAUAAAAGCAUACCUUAUUUAUUUUGUAACAGACACCUUGUGAGAAUCUGCUCUCUAAAUACCAUGCUUUAAAAACUCUAUUGAAAAACAAGUCUUUGUAAAACCCAAUUGUAAUGGCAGCUACGUGGUAUUUGGAGGGUAACUCAAAGGAAGAAAUCUCUUUAUGUAUGUUAAAAUAUACAUAGCAUAUUCCCAGAUGUCUCCAACCUUCACAGGCUCUCUUAAAGCUUUUAAUGAGAGAGCCUGUUCUGUCUAGUUUCAUUUAUCAAAAACUAUUAGCUUGACUAUUUAGUAAGCUAAUAGAUGCUCCACUGAGGCUUUGGUUUUUACACUGGUUUCAUUCAUAUCUUCAGCAGUUACGUCAUGACUGCUGAGCUAUAUGUCUUGUAACCCUGUUGCUUAAAGGGGCAGGGCUUUAAAUUAUAUAUGCAUUUAUCCACCUGAGGAUAAUUAUUGCAGACUUGCAGAAAACAAGGACAUUUCAAUUUUGGAAAUGUUACCUUUGUUUUCAUGUUUAGUGAUGUAUUUAAAAAAAGAUCUGUAACCUCAAGCCUAGAAUAUCCUUUAAAUUGGUGGAAGCAGAAGGCUGCUGCUGCUGCAAAACUCAAACACAAACUGCUGGCUUUAGAGAGGGGUUAAAACAUUACUUCUGGAAAUUGACAAAAAGAAAUACGUAGUCGACAAGAACUGUAUUUUCCUCAGGAGAUUUUUAUGCUUUAUUUGGUCUGAACGUUUUACGGUAUAAAAAAACUGUAUAAAAGACUAAAAGCAAUAAACGUGCGUUCGGUUUCCUUGUUAGAUCGAUGUGGAAUAUUCCUUCUUGGACUAUGUGAUGGGUGGCUGUCAGAUCAACUUCACGGUGAGUGAUUAUUCCAUUGGCAAUAAUGGAUAUUACUAUACUGAACUCACUGAUAGCUUUCUGGCAGUAUAAGAAGAUAUAUCAUGUGAGAAAUAAAAUCAAACUAUCAAUGCUUCUGUACCAUGUUUUAAAAGAACGUUUUGAAAAAACCCCACAAAUAUUCUCAAUCAUGUAUUUGUUUGUUAAACUCAAAGCAAACAGUGGUGCCCCCUGGUGGUAUUUUGUUUUAUGCUAUCUCCAGUGCCUUCUGUUUAAUACAUAUAUAUUAAACAGGCAUAUGAUUUACGAAUCUAUGAAAAUAAAGAUGGAAUCUUAAUUUAGAGCACUUAAUUAACUUUAUCAAAGAAGAGUAGCUAUGACUUGUACAAAGAUAAUGACACAGACUGAUAUUGUCAGUGAACUCUAAUAACAUGACUAGAGUGGUAAUACCAGAAGUGGUCUGUAAUUACUUAAAGCUGUAUGCUAUGGAGUCACACAAGACAUUGACUGGUCAUGGCACUGAAGUAUUUGUAUCUCAAAUAGGCCAAUAACAGUAAUUUUCCGAGUUAAUUGUUUAAAUUAGGAAUGUGUUAUUGUUAGGCUGCUGGAGCCUAGAUUUAAUAAUUUAACACCAGGAGAUGCAGAUUUGUCCCUGUGUUUUUAUAUAUACAAUGACGCCACACAGCAUGUUGAUUGUUAUUGGUAGAAUGGUCACUGUUAACUGUAUGGUCUUAUAACACAGGUGGGCAUAGACUUCACUGGCUCCAAUGGGGAUCCUAAGUCUCCGGACUCUCUUCACUACAUCAGCCCAAGUGGGGUGAAUGAAUAUCUGACCGCAAUCUGGUGUGUAGGGAAUGUGGUUCAGGACUAUGACUCGUAAGAAUCCUAAAUAUAUUUGAUAUCCUAAAUACGUUGAUCUACUCUCUUCCUUCUCAAUAUAAUUCAGUGAGCAGUCAAUAAAAUAUGCAGUGUAAGGACAGGUAAAUUAGACCUUGCAGUCUAAUUACAGAUGACUUAUUUUAUAGAGGGGUGGGGGAUUCGGUGACAGAAAUUACUAUGGCGUACAAGUCAACAGUCAACAGAACAGGUUUUUUUGACAGCCGGUGGGAUUAAUAAGGCUAAUUUUUUUUAAAUUUUUUUUUAAGUGUCAAUUUCUAUUAAAAUCUGUGCUUUUUGUAAAAUGGAGAAGGUACACUCUUCACAUAUAUUGCAUUAACAGAAACGAAUUAUAAAAACACUGCACAUUUAAGAUAAAAGCUAUACUUCUAAAAAUCACUUUGUUACUCUCUCUUUUGCUGCAUAAAACCAGUUGGUUUUGGGGGGGCGUGGCCAACCGAGCACCAGAGAAGACGUGCUUAAACAGAGCUCCGUCCCAGAAUCUCAAAAAAAAACGUUUUAAAUACGGAAAACAGACUCCGAAACACGCUGAGCGACAACUACCCUCACUCAGAAGACACAAUGGGGUGAAAAAACAGGAAACCUCGUCUUCCAGAGGCUCCAAAAAUGCAGGAUAUCAGACUAUCCUUUGAGAGGCCCACACCGCGGGGCCCAGCCAAAAUGGCGCCCGACUUGCCUAGCGAGGAUGAGGCACUAGAGAACUAUCAGGAGGAGGAGGAAGCCCCGGCCUCACAAUCGGAGGGGACCCCCUCUAAUGAGUCAGAGUCAGAUGAAGACUCUUCGCCGGCAACAAAGAGAGACAUUAAAAAUCUCCUGCUGGACAUGCGACGUGUGUGGAAGGCUGACCUCCUAGACACGCGCACGGAGAUAGGGACCCUCAAACAACGGGUCACAGAGAUCGAAACAAAAGUAGCAGCUAGGGACCAGAAAGUGCAUGACAACCACAACAAUCUGCAAGAAUUAACAGAGCAGGUACAGAAACUCACCAAGUCGAUGUUAGUGAUGGAGUCCAGGCACAGAAGGAGGAAUAUCCGCCUCCGCGGCAUCCCAGAGCACGUCGACGGCGAUGCAACAAUGCCCUUCCUCCGACGCUUCAUGGCCUCGCUGGGAAUAGGAGGCAACACAGGCUCAGAGGCACUAACAACAGCAUUCCGGGUCCGCAAAGCCGCAGCUGCCCCUACAGACGCACCAAGAGACAUAAUUGCCGCGACCAAGGACAUUGCAGUUCGAUCGGCGAUUAUGGCCAAAUCAAGAGAGCUGGGAACCAUACACUUCGAAGGCUAUGACAUAGCCAUAUACGGGGACAUCCCUUUUGCCGUCCUCGCAGUCAAGAGACAGUUAACACCGGUGGCCAGACAGCUGAGAGAGGCGUUGAUCAGAUAUCGGUGGGGGGUGGAUGGCUCCCUGCAGGUAACACAAGGAAACGACGUACUCACCCUCUCUUCUCCUGAGGACAAAGAGACUUUCCUCCAAAGACUGAAACUGAACGCAAAGAUCCCAGUGGAAGCCCAGAAGUUGAAAAUAGAUACACAGGGACCCAACAGAGUUCACCCAUUACACCCCCAGGCCCGACUCCUAGCCAAACCACGCCACUUGGAGACACACCACACUCAUAGAGGCCCUCCGAGGUUACCUUACCAGUAACUAGAAGCGAGACACACAAUAGUUGCUCACACUUCAUAAAUACGUACCCAUUUGAUGCCUGGUAAGCAGUAGCUAAACCCUCUCAACGACCUAAACACAGAGAUAACUUCCCAUGAUAUAAUGGAGGGGCCAAGCUGAGACCGCAUUAGAGGUACUCCUGCUUUUCAACCCAUAUAGCUUAAUAUAAACAACACCACACAGCGAUCCAAAUAUCAGCCACUAGUACACAUGUUGUCCUAUCGUUAUUUCAACUCAUUAGAGUUGCUGUGUAAACUUUAUAACUUUAUAUAUUGUGUACCAGAUGUAUUUUACAUUGUGAAAACACCAAUAAAAUACAAAUAUAAAAAAAAAAAAAAACAGUUGGUUUUUUUAAUCGCUCACAUGCAAUAAGGCAGUUGCAACACUAUAUAUUUUUUUUUCCUGCUUUAAAAUUCUUGAAAUAGUUCAGCUUUUCUAUUGUGUACAAGUAAUGUCUUUCAGUGGGUAGGUAGUUUUUUUUCCACUAGUAAUAUUGCUUAUUUGAGACAUUAUACUGUGUGACUAGCCACCAAAUCACACGUGUUUCAACACUGGACAUGCACGUUUAUAGGGCCCAAAUACUCUAAAGCAUUUCACAUUUUGUGAAAUGUAUUGAACUCCCUGAACCAAAAACAAAUAGAACUUGCCUCUUGUUAAGUCCGCUGCGGGAUGUGGCAUUAUUUAGAAGUCUUUGAGCUUUUCCUGCGUAAGUAAAUACUCCAGUAUAACGUGGAACGUUAUUUGCCAGUUACUGAUGCAAAUUGCAUUAUUACAUAUUAUACUUAUGCCUUAGAUUACUUUAGCUUCAUUAGGUCUUGGCUCCAUUCUGAAUAGGCACUUAUUAAGCUGGUGUAAAACAAAGAGAGCGGGGUUGUAUGAAGUAAUAUAAAGAUGCUAGAUUCGAUUCACUAAAAGGUCUUUAACAUAUACCUUUACAAGGCACAGUACUUAGAGUAUGUAUUUUAUCCACAGAGACAAACAAUUCCCAGCAUUUGGAUUUGGUGCUCAAGUGCCUCCACAAUGGCAGGUAAGGGUCAUGAGUUUUUUUUUUUUGUAUUUGUAUUACAUUGGCUUCCUUUAAGAGAGUCCUGUACUGCAUGGCAAAGGAAAGAUCUGGACGUCUCCUAUAGUACUCUUCUCCAGCAUAGAUUAUUCGUGGAGCGAAGUAGCGUAGACGCCAUAUUCUUAUCCAAGGCCUGAAGGAAUGUGGCAAAAUGUACAUGUACUGUCAUAAGGAAAUACAUCAUAGAGUGGUUUAUAAUUGUUCAUAGAGCGGUUUAUAAUUGUUCAUAGAGCUUUACAAUGGUGAACACUUUGCUAUGUGUUAAGAGUAAAACACAUUUAUAAAAUUAAACAUAACAGUAAUUAUUUUGUUUACAUGUAUAAAAUUAGCAUUUUUAAGAUUUGAACGUACAUAACGAUAACUAAAUAGCGAUACAGAUCAGAAUCCAUGAGCGAAAUACAAUGUGCAUACUGACAUGUUGUUUGAUUUUUAAUUCUCAGGUUUCGCAUGAGUUUGCCUUAAACUUCAACCCCAACAACCCCUAUUGUGCAGGUACGAUUCUAGUCUGCACAUUGUAACUAUGAUUUCAUUUGCAUAACACCAUGAAUAUUUCAAUGCUGUAGACCAAUACAGAAGUGCAAUUUUAUUUUUAAAUCCCUGUUUGUCAAAAGAAAAGAACACAGGCUUGCAAAAACUAAAUAAGCUAGUCCAGCAGGUUGAAGAUAGUUUGUUUAUUUAAACUGUGGUUGCUAGUACGUACUGGCACCAUAUAACUUCAAAAUGCUGCACAUGAAUAUUAUUUAUUCAUGGUGUUUAUUUUUUUGUACAGACCUCUGUAACUCCUUGAUCUAGCUCUGGGAUUAUCAUCAGUUUGGCAGGAUUCACUUUAUCUGUGUUUUACUGUUGUGUACUUUUGUGGUGCAGAGACCUCUGCAGGAACAAUUUAAAAGUGCACCAAUGCUUGUAUAACCACUACAGACAAGUGAAGGCCUUUCAUUCUCCCUGAACCUAAAUGGGAAAUAAGCUAAGCUCAGGGGCGGACUGACCACUCAUGGCCCUCGGGCAGUAGGUGUUCAAGGGCCCCCCGUCCUGGUACAAGGUUUUUUGGCUACUACUCUUCUCCCCCUUCUUUCUGCUGCUUUCACACACAUAUUAUGUGUAGGCUGCCCAGCACACAGAAUGGCUGUGUGAGAGCCAUAUAGCCCUGACUCCCAAACCUGUGGAGCCCCCCAAAAUGGCCAGAUUUACUUUUAAGUGGUUAAUCCAUCCAGAAACAGUGUUUUAAUAUACACUAUUUUUAGAUGGAGUAACCCUUGCUGGCGUGCCUCCCCAGCAAUUAAAAAAAAGAAAGCAAAUUUAAUUACACACUUCCACUGAUUUUGCUGAGGACAUCACAAGCAGCGUCCCCACAUGUGCAACCAUACAAGUAGCCACAUGUGUUUGGAGCCUACCUGUGAGGUAGCGUGUGUGGGGAUGCUGCUAGUGAUGUUGUGUUGGAUUAAUUGGUUCUCUUGUUUUACCUAUUGUACAACGCUGCAGAAUAUGUUGAUGCUAUAUACGUCAUUGUAAUAAUUGUGUGUGUGUGUAAGCUGUGUACAAUAUUGCAAUGGUGGGUAUGCUGUUUGUGAUGUGUAUUUGUAGGGAGGCUGCAUGUGGUUUUGUAUGUGUGGGGAUGCUGCUUGUUGAAUUGUGUCUAUACAGUGAGGCUCCUUGUGGGUUUUUGCGUUUGUUAAUGGGGCUAUUUGCAGUGCAGUAUGUGAGUGGGCAGGGCUGGUUGUGUUGCAGUGUGUGUGUGGUAUAGAAUCUGUAGUAGGCAUCUCGUUGUUACUGGGGCUCUAGUGUGUGCAUGUUUGGAUAAUAGAGGCUCUACUGUGUAUAAGUAGGAUAGUGGCUGAAGUAGGCGUGGGGCUGGACAGAGUAUGAGGUGGGACAUAGGAGCUGCGGUGAGCGCAGGAGGGGACAUAGGAGCUGCGGUGAGCGCAGGAGGGGACAUAGGAGCUGUGGUGGGUACUGAAAGGGAUCGGAGAUGGAAACAACACAAGAAAGGUGUGGAAAUCAGUGGCGCUUAUUGAUAAAGUGAAAAUAUUCCGCUGAGCUGCUAAGAAGCACUCAGUGGGUACUCCAAAAAACCCACUAUAACAUGCAAAUACAAAGAGAAAACCAAUUACCAAAAGUGGGUCGGUAUGAAAACUUCCCCACUACUUGGUAAGAGUGUAGCGCUAUAAACUGCCAUACCAACCCCCUCUGAUUCCCCCCCCGCACCCCCCUGAGGGGUCUGCCCACUGAGAAACAACUAGUUUAGGAAUAUAAUGAGGGUGCUGGACUAUCCAGGGAGUUCAGUUAUUCAUUUUUUCUUUGGUCAGCAACUUCUAGGAGACCUAUACCAUCUAAGACUCCCACAAGAAUUAUAUAUGGGGUAAAUACAUUUAAGGAAUUUCUUGUUUUCUCCUAUUUUAUGUACUGUUUUGCAAUUUAUCUGUAUGUCAUUUAUUUCUGUAUUUUUGUACACAGCACUGUGAAUCUUUUUUGUCAGAUUAAAUGUUUACUUAAUCAGCUUGUCUGUUUUCUAUGAGCUUCACUCUCCAGAGGAAAGCUCGGGUAAACACGUUACCAAAAAGGGUUAAUUAUGUGUUUGAUCAGUAAAAGUAGAACUGUGAUUCUAUAAUUCUCCUGUGUGUGGGGUAACCUAAGACGCCUGGGUUUAAAGUCUUUGUGGUGGCAGUAAAGUGUGUACUAGGGGUUUAGUGUAGAAGGUAUUGCAAGGGUUAAUUGAGUGGUUGCUGGGACUAGCAACAGGUAACCAGGGGUCUGGUGUCAUUAACCCUGUCACUUCCACACUCUCCCCACUGUCUCGGCUGGGCCUAUAGCCCACGCUCAUGACAGUGCCUUUAAGGUAGACAGCAGUACCGUAUUCCUUUGAUCUGUUCCUCCCCUUUCCUCUUGACCAGUAUGGAUCUCCAGGAAAAAAUGGAAGAAAGAAAUAUAUAUUUCACUGUGCAUCUUGGGUUUAGUAAAAUCUGCACCCAGAAGUUUUUUUUUUCCUUCCAUUUUUUCCUGUAGAUCCAUAUUGAUCCAUACUCAGAGAUCUCCUCAGCCAGAGCAUGGCUGUGCUGCCGGGCCUCGGUCCAUGACCGAUCUGCCCGAUCUGUCAGUCCACCCCUGGCUAAGCUAUUCUAUCCAAUUUGAGCUACUUGCGGUUCAGGGACAAUUCACAAACUAUCUUCCUAUCUUAUCUUACAAAUUAUCUAUGAAAAUUUGCAAUUACAUUUUAAGUUUUCAUAAUUUCUCAGUUUAGUAAAUAAACUUCAAUAUUUAUCUGAAUCUGACUGUCAUUCUGGGGUCAAGAAGGAAUUUUUUUCCUAGUUUGUUGCAAAAUUGGAAGUGUUUCAAACUGGUUUUUUUUGCCUUCUUUUGGAUCAACAGCAAAAAACAAAUGUGAGGAAGGCUGAACUUGAUGGCAGCAAUUCUCUUUUCAGCUCUGUAACUAUGUAACCUGUGUUCCUGCCUAUAAACACAGGUAGUUCCCAGUUUUCUUAGAAUGUGUAUGUACAUCCUGAAUGCCAAAACUAGUGAGCACUUUAUAAAGUGUCUGUCAGGUAGUUUUGAUUUGUUUUGGUAAAUUUACGUCCUAAGCAAAUACAUGUUUAUUUGAUAAUCAUGACAGGUGUUCAGGGCGUAGUGGAUGCUUAUCGCCAAGCCUUGCCACAGGUCCGUCUCUAUGGCCCAACAAACUUCUCACCAAUUAUCAACCAUGUGACACGAUUUGCAUAUAGUGCAGCACAACAGAAAACUGCAUCUGUAAGUAUGUAACUGUAUGUGUAUUGUAAGCGAGACUUGUACAUAGCUUUUAAAGGAACACUCAAAGUGCCCUCCCAGAAGUCAAUCUGUUUAAGAUUAGUUUGGAAUCUUAACUGCCCUUUGGGCAUCUGCUGAUACUGCCCCCUGCAAAGAGAACUAGUGUAGCUCUGCUGAACUAAGCAGAGCUGUUCAGGUCUGCUCUCCUUGACGAAGAGCGUUGAGUGAGUGCUCCUCUGUAUUGGGCAGAUGCAGAAUUUUGACUACUCUGGCAUGGUUUAAAGGCACACCAUGCUGUUUAUAUUGCAUAGAGUAUUUCAAGAUGUGCAGGUAACUUUAAUUUCUCAUGAUUAUUAAAGUAUCUCUCUAACCCUUUGCUACCAAACACUUUUUUUGGUUUUAAAUAAAUGUUACACCUAUAUUUGUGCAAGUAUAGGAUGCAUAGCUAUAAAAUAAACGCAUAAUAAAACAGGUGAUUUGUGUACAGACUGCUAGUCAAACAUAUAUUUUUGUUAAUAUAAAAGUAUUUUCCCAUUGAAGUUGUUAAUAUGUAAGUCAGGUUUAUUUAGCCAGUGGUCAGUCUCUGUGAUCAAGUAGAAAUGGCAUUUAAACCUUCAGAAUGAUGGGAACAUAAAAACAUUUCUCAUUAAAAUGAAGCUUUUUUUUGUUCUACAUUUCACUGUUAAAAUCUAAAGUUGCCCUAAUAAGAUCAUGCUUAUUUUGUUUUAUUUUGUAAAGCAUGUUUGUAGAUGGCAUGUUAUGGUUUUUGUUAUUGACUUUUAUUUUAUGUCUUUUCUUGCUUUUCAGCAAUACUUUGUCCUUCUAAUCAUCACUGAUGGGGAGAUCACAGAUCUGAAUGACACCCGAAAUGCCAUUGUCCAAGCCUCAAAACUUCCGAUGUCUAUUAUCAUCAUUGGUGUUGGAAGUGCAGAUUUCAAAGCUAUGGAAUUCCUGGAUGGGGACAAUGGGGUCUUGAAGUCUGCGAGUGGGGAAGCAGCUGCAAGAGACAUUGUACAGUUUGUCCCGUUUCGGAACUUUCAAAAUGUAAGCAGAUAGCUAUUAAUAUUCUGGCCUAUACGGUUUUGUUCUAAUAUUAUACCAUUAUUACUAAACGUCAUCUGCUGCUUAAAGGCCAAGCAGGCAUAGAAUCGAGAGAUGUUUUGAUAAUUUCAGCAGUUAAUAACAUAGGAUGAGUGCUAUCACUCUAUAAGCUGACUCUGACUCUAGAUUCACAGCCUGAGUCAGUUUUGUUCACAAGGCUAUGUGAUUCACUGUACCACUGACUAUGCAGCAAAGUUUGUGUGCUCAUGUUUGACAGGUCUUUGAGGGCAAAGGUUGAAUUUAAAUUCCAAAUCACUGCAGUUCUGUAAGCCAUGGUAUGCGGUGUCAGAGGAACAGUGCAUCAUAAUGCAUUGUGCAUCGUUUGGUGCUUAGAAUGACCUUUGAACCCCUCAAAUGGGGCAUUGACUCAAAUUUUUCUGCUCUUAUUUAACUUUUAUGUGCUGCUUCUAUUUGGAUACUCUUACAUUUUGUUUAGCCAGUUUUUGUUCUACUGCUAUGCAUAUUCAUCAACUUUUUUUUUUUUAAAGCCUCUGACUAAAUUCUCUCCAUAAUGUGUGGCAUACAUUGUCAUUCUAUUUUUUCCCCUCUCUGAACUUGUACUGUAAGUGAUCAAGUGAGGCUGACUAUUGGAUCAUCAAGCAUGUGGAGACCACAAAUGGAAAUACAGAUUUUAUUUUCUGAUUAAUAUGUUCUCACUUAUUUUUAGCAAUGUGUCUGCAUAUUGACAUAUAGGUAAUUUUAGGAAUAAUGCAUAUUUACAGCAAUGAUUGAACGGAGGACAUCCGCUAAUGUGUGGAUGCCAAGGUCUACUAAGGUUUGGUAUUAAAAUGUAAUGUUUUCAUUAAAGGGUUACAAAUUGCGGGCACCAUGACGAAUUCUAAAUGCAUAAGUGGUUGGAGUGUGUGUGUGUGUGUGUGUGUGUUGGUUUUUUGUUUUGUUUUUGUUUUGUUUUUUAUUAUAUUUUGCUUUUUUGUGCCCUUUUUAAUUACACCCCUGACACACGUGACUUAGGCAGCCUGGUUGCCUAAUGUUAAUUGUGUGCAAAAAUGUCUGUCAUCAGCACACACUGUGUGCUGGCAACAGACCACUUUUACCCUUGCUGGGAGCGCGUCUGCAAGUGGAGGCAUCAAUGUCUCUCUCGUCCUCUCUCCCCUUUUUGGCUCAGUGUGCGCAUGUGCUCUGAGCUAAUGAGAACUGUCAAAUAAAAUGCAUCUCUUUGAGAAGCAUUUGAUUGGACCAUGGGUAUGGAAACCGUGAUGUCAGAUGUCUCUUAAGUGGAAGAUUGAACGGCACUGGAUUCCAGGUAAGUUUAUUUAUUAAUUUACUCUUUUGGAGUUUAAAAAAGGAAGUGGACAUGGUUAUUAGUGCCCAAUAUGGCAGUAUAGAUUUAAAAAAAAAAAAAUACUAAGGGUUAUAGUAACCCUUUAAAAUUGCCAGCAUACGUGUAGUUUGACAGUUCUAUACACCUGAAAUGUAUUACUUCUCUACCAAUAUGUCCACAGUACCUGCCUGUUUUGGCCCUACACAUUGUACAGCAUAUAUAGCCACCAGCUAGGCACUGUGGCAAGAAACAUGCACACCCCUAGCUGGCUAUGCCAAUGUAUUGAUUUUGUAGGUUUUACUACUGUGCCAAAGUGUAUCUUGAGUAGGCCUACUGAACAUUUAUUACAUACUUUCCUGACAGCCACCAGCACUCGGUGCACCACAAAACUUUUCCAGAAAAGCAUUCGGUCUAAAAGACAGAACUGCAAAACCUCCAUAAUCCUCAGAUUGAGUUAAGUACGAGGCACAGUAGAAAACUAGGAGUGAGAAGGGUAAAAAUAAAUCCUUAAAAUUCAUAAACACAACACACCAAAAGCAAUAUAGCGUUAAACUAUGCAUGCAAGCAUAAAAUGGUGCAGUUUUAAAUAAAUAGAUUUCAUAUUUAAGUGCAACAAGCUAAAUCAGACAUCUGCUUGUGUAUGGUUCAGUUUGAAAAUUCAAUAGAUAAAAUUGUAAGAAUCCCUUCAAUUACUCACCCUCUCUCCCCCAUGGAUUCCACAUGUAAGCAAGCUAAAAUGAAAUGUAGGAAUGUAAUUAAAGUGUAUGUUUGGUAAUUUAAAUAUCACAAUGUAUAGAUAAAAUGUUACUACUUUCAAACUGUCACAAUUUCAUAUUUGUAUAACAAGUGCUCUAAAUAUGUUUUUUGGAACAAAAACCCUGAAUGCAUUAAAAAAACAAGAUGGCAUUGCUUUUGUUUACUGUUAAUUUUUUUUAAUUUUUUUUGCUCCAGGCACCCCGAGAAGCUCUAACUCAAGCAGUUCUGGCUGAAGUCCCCAAACAGCUGGUCUCUUAUUUCAAGUUGCUGGGACUGACCCCUUCGAAGCCUCCACAACAGACAACCACUUAGGCGAUUUCAACCAGGACAUCACGCUGCUCCUCUAGUAAUCAUACUUAGAGCAUUCAUAAAUCUCUAUAUCAUUCCCUUUUCCUAAACCUCUAUAUUUUGGUGAAUUUGAAUCCUAUUGCAAUAUAUAAUUCUAGUAAGACAAGCAUUUUAACUUGGUGGACCUGACAGGAAGGGAUGAUUUAUUCUAAAUCCACACUUGAAGCUGCUUUGACCUUUCCUGUAAUCUUCUAUUUGCAUGUAUAGCUUAUAUGGGCUAUAUGGGUAUCCCAUCAUCAAUCUCUAGAUAUUUUCUACAUUGUGGUAGUAGCACAAUCAAUUGUUUAGAUUAAAACAGUGGUCUUUCUUCAUUUUGGAAUAUGUAUGAACAAGUAAUUGAUCCUCCAUGGUCAUUUGUCCUAAAAGAUUCUUGGCCUGUACACGAAAGAUGGCAUUUUAUCAAAUAGAGCUGCUAUAUUGAAUUCCCAUCUCUCAACAAUUCUGUUAAAGAGCCUGUGACCUUGAAUUAAUUUUUUUUUUUUUCCUUGACAGAAUUUAGUUUAAGUAAACACUUGGAAUUUUGUGAAAGUACUUGGAAAUAGAUUGGAUGUCCCUUGUUGCAUGAGCAACUACCAAAACUUGCUUGUUAACUAGUAUCUUACAAAUAAUGUUCCAAAUGGGUAAACUGAGCGUGAUCUUCUGUGAGCUACGGAGAGCGAGAAAAUAUGAUGUAUGUUUCAAGAGAAUUAAGUUUAACUGGCUUCCUUAAUAGUGCUAUUUGUUCCAUUAAUGUCAAAGCAAAAAAGUGAUAUUGAUUGAAAAGAGUAUUCUAACUAAAAUUUGGAGUACAUUUAAACCGUUUUCUGUUUGGUUAGAGGCUCUGUUUUGAAUUUCCCAUCACCACUCAUGCCAAAUGCAAAUGAAUUCUACCAUUUUGCAGUGCUAUAUUUGCAUACAUUGCUGUAAGAUUUUAAUCGCCUAUAGAAUUAAACACCCUAUUUUGUCCUCUUAAGCUAUACAUACAUAUAUUUGCCUGGUAUUGGUUACAACCUAAAGAUUUUUUUUUAUUAAGCAUGAACAUAGUCUGUAUGAUAUAGUUUUGGAAUGGCUGUUAAGAUGCAUCUCAGUGAGAUGUCUAAAAAUACCACUCAGGAACUGGUUUUCUUGCACACGUACACAGCAAUUAGUCACUGAUAAAUACUGGGCUCUGAAAAGAGUUGGGAGUAGAGAUAUAUAAAAUGUAGACACUCUUUCGCCUUCAUAUGCCAGGAGUUAUUUAUUUUUAUUUUUUUUAUAUAUAUUUUUAAAAUUUUUUUUACAACUACCUUACCCGGAUAUAAUUUGGUGAUGUAAUGUUUAAGCCUGCAAAUGGCUCAAAGACGUUAAAAUAUAAUUUGGUAAUUAAAAAGACCACGCAGAUAUCACAUUCAAUGGCUAUUUGAAAUAGUAAAAAGAAGGUGCCAAAUUAUUUUGCUUUGUCUCUUCAAUUAUGUUGCUUGCAACACCAUAUUCCUUUGGUGCAAUAUUUAAAAACCUAGCCAUUGAUGGUGCUAGAACUUCAUCCUUCAUUUGGGGCUCCUGCUCCCCCCUCCUCAUUAGACCAAAAAAAAAUGCAUGAAAUGAAUGUGGUGUUGCAAAGGAAUGAAUAAGGUAGAUGACCCUUUUCUGAUUGAAUCAUGUAAUAUCACAGGAUGUGGUUUUUCUUUUUUGGUUUUUGUUUACAUGGAAUCCCUGAGAGUAAAGUUAACCGAAUCUGUUGGUACGCACAUAAACACGUUAAUGGCUUGCUCUUGGUGUACAGAGACCUUUUUCUUCAAACAAGUUUUCCAAUUUACAGGAAUUCAGGCACUUAAUCAUAAUCAAGUCACUUAUCUCGAAGCCUUGUGUUGCAGUGUUCCCUUGAAAGAUUUGAUGCCAUAUAUUUUUUUCUCCAAUCUUUGAUAUUCUGUUUUGCUGUGUUUCAAGCACUUUAGAUCUGUUUGAAUUAAUUGUCAAAUUACAACAUUAGCUAAUUGCUAAGCUUUUGCCGUGGAAUCCAAUGCAAUGUUUCUGGUUUUUGCAUAUUUAGCACUUUGCACACAAUUUAUUCUUGUUUUCAUAACUCUGGCUCUUAGAAGUUUAUUUCUUACACAUGCUUAACCUCUGAAAUCUAUUGUCUUCCUAUGCUUGAUAGGUUAAGAGUGCCUUAUUUCUGCUGUGCCUGCUACCAGAGAUGUUGGCCAAUGCCUUUCUUGUUCUGCUUUGCAUUGCAUUGCAGGGUCCCUGUUACAAUUAACCUAUGCAAUAUUUUGCUGUGAUAAAAUGGCUGUUAUUGUUUUUGCCAAAGUACAUAUUUUUUAUAUGUCCCUUGUACCUUGACAUGUUUGUGUUGCUCGCAAUAUAGUAAUUACAGAAUCUAUUUCUACGUGUCAGGAUCUGCAAUAUAGAGGAUCAUGUAAUCCAGUUUUUCUGUACAUCUAUGUAUGUAUUCAGUUGUCAAGUUUGUAUUUUGUUUUUGUAGAUUUUUACUUUUUUGUGAAAAUAUUCAAAUAAAUCUUUAAAAACCUCAUGCAUAUGUGUUAUUUAUGUAAACAAGCAUACUCGUAAGACCACUGCUUUAAAAUGAUGGGCUAUAUUUAUUUUUUUUAUUGAUGAUGACCUCAACCAGACAAAUUGUGAACAUUGGGCCAUCUGAGUGCAUUCAGAUUAUACAGUGGGAGAAAGAAG